AUGGCGCAGCAAGGAGCUCAAGUGGACGGAGGAAAAUUCUGCUGUUCAAUCUGUUUGGAUUUACUGAAGGAUCCAGUGGCUAUUCCCUGUGGACACAGCUACUGCAUGAGCUGUAUUAACAACUUCUGGGAUGGAGAGGAUAAGAAGAAAAUCUACAGCUGCCCUCAGUGCAGACAGACAUUCACACCAAGGCCUGGCCUGAUGAAAAACACCAUGUUAGCAGAUUUAAUGGAGGAGCUGAAGAAGACAGGACUCCAAGAUGAUCCUGCUGAUCUCUGCUAUGCUGGACCUGAAGAUGUGGCCUGUGAUUUCUGCACUGGGAGGAAGAGGAAAGCCCUCAAAUCCUGUCUGGUAUGUCUGGCUUCUUACUGUAAGAAACACCUCCAGCCUCAUUAUGAUGUUUCUCCAUUAAAGAAACACAAGCUGGUCGACCCCUCAGAGAAGCUCCAGGAGAACAUCUGCUCUCGUCAUGAUGAGGUAAUGAAGAUGUUCUGUCGUACUGAUCAGCAGAGUAUCUGUUAUCUCUGCUCUGUGGAGGAACAUAAAGGCCAUGACACAGUCUCAGCUGCAGCAGAAAGGACUGAGAGGCAGAGAGAGCUCGAGGUGAGUCGACUAAACAUCCAGCAGAGAAUCCAGGACAGAGAGAAAGAUGUGAAGCUGCUUCAACAGGAGGUGAAGACCAUCAGUCGCUCUGCUGAUAAAACAGUGAAGGACAGUGAGAAGAUCUUUACUCAGCUGAUCUUUCUCAUCCAGAAAAGAAGCUCUGAUGUGAAGCAGCAGAUCAGAUCCCAGCAGGAAACUGAAGUGAGUCGAGUCAAAGAGCUUCAGGAGAAGCUGCAGCAGGAGAUCACUGAGCUGAAGAGGAAAGAUGCUGAACUGAAGAAGCUCUCACACACAGAGGAUCACACCCAGUUUCUACACAACUACCCCUCAGUGUCACAACUCAGUGAACCUACAGAUUCAUCCAGCAUCAAUAUCCGUCCUCUGAGAUACUUUGAGGAUGUGACAGCAGCUGUGUCAGAGCUCAGAUAUAAACUACAGGACAUCCUGAAGGAGAAAUGGACAAACAUCUCACUGACAGUGACUGAAGUGGAUGUUUUACUGUCAGAUUCACAACCAGAGCCCAAGACCAGAAAUGAGUUCUUAAAGUAUUCACGUGAAAUCACUCUGGAUCAAAACACAGCCUUCACAUAUUUGUUAUUUUUUGAGGGGAACAGAAAAGUAACAUUCACAUGUGAAGAACAGUUUUAUUCUGGUGACCCAGACAGAUUCACUGGAUGGUGGCAGGUCCUGAGUAGAGAGAGUCUGACUGGACGUUGUUACUGGGAGGUGGAGUGGAGUGGGAGAGGAUUUUAUGUAGCAGUCACAUACAAGGGUAUCAGCAGAAAAGGAGACUCAGAUACAUGUAGAUUCGGCGGCAAUGACAAAUCUUGGGCUUUACGAUGUAACAAAAAAAGUUAUACAUUUUGGUUCAACAACAUCUCAGCUCCCGUCUCAGGUCCUUGUUCCUCCAGAGUCGGAGUGUACCUGGAUCACAGAGCAGGAAUUCUGUCCUUCUACAGCGUCUCUGAAACCAUGACUCUCCUCCACAGAGUCCAGACCACAUUCACUCAGCCUCUCUAUGCUGGACUCCGGCUUUUAGACUAUGGAGUCACUGCUGAAUUCUGUAGAAUCAAUUACCAUCAUUUUUGA